GCACACGGGAUCCAAACUUCCGGUGCCUGCAGCGCACUGAUCCGCGGCAGCUCUCAGAGGUUGCACCGGCGGAGGCUGCAGGGCGGACUCGCGGGCCGGCGCAGCCAUGGUGAAAAUCAGCUUCCAGCCCGCUGUGGCCGGUGUCAAGGCCGACAAGGGUGACAAGGCAUCGGCCUCCGCCCCGGCCCCGGCCCAGGCCCCGGCGCCCGGCCCGGCCACCGAGAUCCUGCUGACGCCAGCCCGGGUGAGAGAGGAGGAGCGACCCCCCUACCACCCCUCCAAGAAGGCCUCGGUGGGCGGUGUGUGCUACCUGUCGAUGGGCAUGGUCGUGCUGCUGAUGGGCCUCGUCUUUGCCUCCGUCUAUAUCUACAGAUACUUCUUCCUGGCUCAGCUGGCCCGAGACAACUUCUUCCACUGUGGCGUGCUGUACGAGGACUCCCUGUCGCAGGUCCGGACUCACAUGGAGCUGGAGGAGGACGUGAAAAUCUACCUGGAAGAGAACUAUGAGCGCAUCAACGUCCCUGUGCCCCAGUUUGGUGGUGGGGACCCUGCGGACAUCAUCCACGACUUCCAGAGGGGCCUCACCGCCUACCACGACAUCUCCCUGGACAAGUGCUACAUCAUCGAGCUCAACACCACAAUCGUGCUGCCCCCACGCAACUUCUGGGAGCUCCUCAUGAACGUGAAGAGAGGAACCUACCUCCCACAGACCUACAUCAUGCAGGAGGAGAUGGUGGUGACGGAGCACGUCAGCGACAAGCAGGCCCUGGGCUCCUUCAUCUACCACCUGUGCAAUGGCAAGGACACCUACCGGCUGCGGCGCCGGGCCACCCGGAGGCGAAUCAAUAAGCGUGGGGCCCAGAAGUGCAACGCCAUCCGCCACUUCGAGAACACCUUCGUGGUGGAGACCCUCAUCUGCGGGGUGGUGUGAGGCUGCCAUCCGCUUCUCUCCUUCUGGCCGCUCUCUGGCCUCCCUGCCCUCGCUUAGCUUGUACUGUGGACACCUUCCCUGAGCUGUGACCUGUCCCCUUCCCUUCCGGCCCCCUGCCUCCCUGUACCAGGGCUGUGACCUCUCCGGGCCGGCCUCUGCUGACCUCCCGGGGUGUGGGGGGGAUGCCCCACGCUGGGCUCUGGGUCCCAGAGUCCGGGCCGAGGGGCGUGGCUAGAAGUCUGGGUGGGGGCGGCCGAGGGUUCAGACGUCCCCACGGGCGGCAAGGUCUGCUGAGGUGUUUGCCCGGGACGCACAGAUGCGUGGCCAGGCGCGGGCGGAAGAUGGGGGGUGCCCGGGGCUGCACCCACCAGAGCACAAGGGAAGGUGGCUGUCCUGGGGUCCCAGGACUCCUGUCAGUGCCUUCAGCCCCCCUCCCCCAGAAGGCGCCGGGGCCAGGGUGGGAGGAAUCAGUUCAGCACAACGUUCCUUCUCCGAGUGGAGCCAAAGAACUGCGGAGCAGGGCCCGACCCUGGCUCCUGAGCGCACAAACCCGGUCCCCAUGGCCGGGACGGGCAGGGGCCUCUGGGGGGCAGGGGCCUCUGAGGGGCAGGCGGCGAGUUGCUUUCUCCAGCCUGGAGCUCUGUGACCAGUGGGGGCAGGGGAGGGGAGGCCACCUGGUACGGACACCCUCCCCCUGUUCUAAACCUGUCCGUCCCCCACUCCCGGGGGCCUGCUCAGCUCUCCUCACUUCUGCAUGUGUUUACUGAUGUUCCCGCCCCUGACUGUCCUCAGCCCCAAGCCUGGGAGGGGUCCGUUACCUCAGUCCCACUUGGGUGCUGCCUGGAGGGGAAGCUCUUAGAUGCUUUGUAUAUUUUCUCUGUUAGAUCUCUUUCUAGAAGUGUCUGUAGAAAAUAAAAAUCUUUUACUUCUGA